GUGCUGCUAAACCUACUACUUUAAAUCUGCGUGACAAUUUAACAGUGGCAUCCAACGAAGGGACACCGACAGUGACUUACACGACUUCAGCUCCAACAUCUGUUUCCUCUCAGCCUGCCAGCAGAGCCCCACCAAAGCUUCAAAGUCCACCAUCCUACAGGCGUCCGGGUGUCCUUGGUUUGGUCAGUAAGUUUGAAAAGCAAACCUCGUCUGGAGCCACUGCAACAAGUGGUGCGCCAAGGAGCGGUGGUCCCCAGAGCUACAUGCAGUCAACACCUCACAGCGGUGAUUCUACCCACUCUCAUCGAUUUAGUCCACCUGCGUACACUUACCCGUCCCCUUUGUCUUCACGAUCAAACUAUGAAGUGCCACCUUCUCCGGCAACCCACUACAAUUACCCCUCACCUCCUCAACAUUCUUACACCCCCUCUAGCCUCCGGUCCAAUAUAGCAUACAGAAGCACCUCGCCGGGUUCCAGCACCCCUGGCAGUGACACGCGAUCCUAUCUCCACAGCGACACCAGGUCCUCUACCAACAGU